UACUAGACCAGAUAUUUACAAACAAAGACAUAGUUCGAAACGUUAAGCAGCGAGAAUGGAGUUGCUUCGACUCUCCAAAUUUAAGCUUCAACUUCGUGCCCUGAUCGCUGAAGUUCGAGAACUCAAGGAAAGAGAACAAUCAACCAAAGAAUAUCAUCAAAUCUCUAUCCAGAAACAUAAGAAAACAGAAGAAGAAUUCAGUAGAAAAAUAAAUGAAUUACAAAAGGAGUUGUCCUCGUCUCAAGAAUUACAACGUAGACUCGAGACUCAGGUGCAGUACCUUCAGAAUGAGAAUGUGUUGUUGGAUAAUAGACAAAAAGAGUUGAAAGCAACUAUUGAUUGCUUACUUCAGUCCAGGGACAGUUUUUUGAGUCUUUAUGAGGAUUCUACAUGUGAAAUGAGACGUUCAAUUGAAGUAAGAGAUAAAAAGCUAUCUGUUUUAUCUGAGAAGAUACAAACUCAUUCGUCGUUGUUUGAAUCCAUAGAAAAGGAAUCUAUUUCCACGAAGCAAGUUGUAGAUAAUGUGCAAAGGCUCAUAAGUGAUAAAGAGGAUGUAGUGGCUGGAUUGAAGAGGAAACUGGACCAGGUUUCAUCAUUUGAAAAGGAUUUUGUCGAAAAGAUAUGCUUGCUGGAAAAGAAGCUGAGAUCUAACAAUGAAGAGCUGAGGAGAAAGGAUACUGUUAUUUUUGAGUUAAAAGAAAAGGUGGAGGCAGCCACAACAAGUAACUACUGCCAGCCACAAAUAGAAGAACUUCAGAAAUCAUUAUCCAUGAAGGAAGGCAUUAUACAGAAUUUAAACACGGAAAAGAAGGCCUUGUUUUUCGAAGCACGGGCCUUGGAGAUUAUCUUACAGAAGAUUCAAGAAGCUGUUAUUCACAUGAAUGCAGAGGAUCAGAAGGUAUAUUUGUCAGUAGUUAAUGCCCAGGAAGAAUGUCCAACAAUGAGCGAAGAAAGGAAUGAUAGAUCAAAUGGCAUGGUUCAAGAGAGUAAAGAAGGUUCUCCAGCUAGCAACACUGGACAAGGAGCUACAGAAAAUACAGGUUCACCUCUAUGUCAGGGACCUAUUUCAGCUGUUAAGAACUCUUCACAGGAGAAACAUAAUUCGAAUUCUUCCACAUCCGAGGGUAAGUGCUCUCCAUCAGUUCAAGUUCACCAUCAACAAUUAGAGUCUGAGAGUUCAACCACUGAUGAAGGAAUAGUGGAUGAUCCAGUUCAAGCUAGAUAAUGCGGAAUACAAUAGUUAGUAGCAUAUCAGAUAUCUCAGAAUCCAAAUCGGUCUCUAUUAAUUCAGAUCCACUGCUGCUGGUUUACAGUGUUUUAGUGGCCAGAUCUUAUGUUGUGCUGCGUAUGUGAGCGUCAUCUGGACAUCCAAGUACAUCUUUAGCUCAAGGGGUUCACUUUUUCCUUCUUUUCUUCCCCGGGUGAUUAGUGUAGAGUAAGUUGUUGUAAAUAUUGUUGCUCAAAAGGAAAAUAACAGUUUUGUUUCUUGUGUACCAAACCCAUUUCCCGUUGGUAUAUAAUGCUGGGAUUAUGGCGAUUUGGUUACGUGAAGACAAUUCGCUUGCUGACUACGUCGAGUUUACAAAACAAACAAAAGAUGUUGGGUCAUAUGUGGGAUUUCUCUCUAGCAAUAAGAAAGUGGAAAAUUCUCGUUCUCAUAUA